UAAGAUGGCUGGGGGUGGGGGGGGGGGAGGGGAGAAUUUCGGGAGAGAAUUUUGGACAAUAGGGGAAUGGUGUGAUAGCGGAUCCCAAUGGUGAUGCGGAGAGAGUGAGGAAAGAACGAGAAAGAAAUCAGAGUAAAUACAACCGAGGGCUUGACAGGCAAUAGGCUGGAUUAUCUCUGAGUGCCGCAGUCUGCUGUCCCAUUGGUGGUCUAAACCAUCUUACCUCCCAACAGUCAAGGAAUGGUUGGCGUAUUGGGAUUUUCAAAAGAAGUUUUUUCAUGGGGAGAGACCGGGGGGGGGGAUAUUGCAAGAGAUCAGAGAGAAAUGCUGGGGAAGGAGUAGGGAAGAAGAAGAGAUAUGUAGAAAGACUGGGAAGGUAUAACCAAAUCUUUUAGCUUAAUAUGUUUUAUACACUUGUAGGAGCGAAGCGAGAGCAAGAUGAGCGCAGAGGCAGCGGAUCGUGAAGCAGUGACGUCCAGCCGACCUUGCACCCCCCCUCAGACUAUCUGGUUUGAGUUCCUCUUGGAUGAAGGAUUGCUGGAAAAGCAUUUGCAGAAGUCAUUCCCAGAUCCCUCACCAAUCCAGCUGAUCAACCAGUUUCUGGAGCAGGCCUCCAAGCCAUGUGUGAACGAGCAGAACCAGGUACAGCCCCCCACCGACAACAGGAGAAAUCGGACCCUGAAACUGCUGGCACUCAAGGUAGCUGCUCACUUAAAGUGGGACUUGGAGCUGCUGGAAAAGAGUUUGAGUGUGCCGGUCCUGAAUAUGCUUCUAAAUGAGCUGCUGUGCGUCAGUAAGGUUCCCCCGGGGGUGAAGCACGUUGAGCUGGACUUGGCCAGCCUGCCUCCUACAACAGCUAUGGCAGUGCUGGUGUACAAUCGAUGGGCGGUUAGGACCACCGUGCAGAGCAGCUUUCCAGUCAAACAACCCAAACCUGGUCCUCCACAAUUGAACAUAAUGAGUCAGAUGCAGCAGGAGAAAGAACUGACCGAGACCAUUUUGAAAGUGUUAAAAGAGCAGGCUGGAGAUUCUAUUCUGGUACUGGAGAGAGCCCUUGAGCUAACUGCAGAUCUGCGUGUCCAUACCAUGAGGACCUUGGACCAGUUAGUAGCAGAGCCCGGCAUGGCAAAUGGAGAGAUGGAAACUUCAACAGCAGGAUUGAAAAUUAGUACCGAUGAAAUGCAUUGUCAGGUUUGUUAUGAUCUGGGAACUGUGUUCUUCAAUCAAGGUUCCACAACUCCAGCAGCCUACGAGAGCGCUAAGGAACAUUUCUUCAAAACCAACGAGCUGCUCUCAAAGAUUGGUCCUGAACCUGUUCACUGUCGUAUUGACCAGAGUAGGCUUGGUGGCUACUGCCAGGCUUGUGCAGUGCUGGCAAUCCCGUCUAAUGUGACUGAAUCCCAGCUAACUACAUAUGGACAUGUUCACCACUGCAUUAAAUCCAGAAAUUAUCAGAGAUUGAUUGAGAUUUUUCUCGAUGACAAUGUAACCCUCAGCUUGCUGGCCUACUUCAGACAGUCUGUCCUGAGAGAGCUUUAUCAGAUGGCACAAAGUGGCGAUAGCGCCUUGGAGGAAGUUUGUUUUAAAGUUUGUAUAUGCAACACUGUUCGGGAUGUUCUGGAGGGUCAGGUGAUUGGGGUACGAUUUCACCAGCUGAUGCUGAAACCCACAAAAGAACGAAUUGAUUUUCUUUUGGAGGCAUGUGUGCGAUCUUUGAAUUUGGAUCAAGCUUCAGAAAACUCCAAAAGACAUUUGGCUGCGUUCUUAAAGACCUUGUGCCAGAGUUUGGAUGAUACGCAAUUUGUUUUCAUGAUUUCUUCACACGAGCUGUGCAUGCGACUCCUGAAAGAUGAAGAGAGGAAAGUACUGCUUGAUCAGAUGAGGAAGAGGUCACCUCGGGUUAAUCUCUGUACCAAACCUCUGACUGUUUUCUAUGAUAUACCUGCAUCAGCUAGUGUCAACAUUGGUCAGCUGGAACACCAGCUGAUACUGACCAUCGACUCCUGGAGGGUUCGGCAGAUCCUUAUCGAGCUGCACGGGAUGACCUCUGAUAGACAGUUCUGGACCAUCUCCAGCAAGUGGGAAGUGCCAACCGUCUAUGGUGGAAUUAUUCUUAGCAUUAAGGAUAAUCUAACCAGGGAUUUAGUUUAUGUCUUGAUGGCUAAAGGACUACAUUGCAUUGCCAUUAAGGAUUUUACUCACGCCCGGCAGCUCCAUUCCACCUGCCUUGAGCUGGUGACAGAGUUUUCCCCAAAGCUACGACAGGUGAUGCUCAAUGAGAUGUUGCUCUUGGACAUCAGUGCCCAUGAGGAGGCGACAGGGGGCACAGGAGACCAUCCACCAGCCGACCUCGCAAGUCGAGUUCGGGGAUAUCUCGAGAUGAGGCUGCCAGACAUUCCUCUUCGGCAGAUCAUUACUGAAGAGUGUGUUGCCUUCUUGUUGAACUGGAAGGAGAAUGAGUACCUGACUCUUCAAAUUCCUCCAGGGCUUGUCCAGAACAACCCAUAUGUGAAGCUCGGGCAGCUUUUGGCUGCAACAUGUAAGGAGCUGCCUGGCCCGAAAGAAAGUCGGAGGACUGCCAAAGAUCUGUGGGAUGUAGUGGUCCAGAUCUUCUGUUUGUCCAACCAGCACAAGCGAGGCAACGAUGGGAAAGUCUGUUUAAUGAAACACCGGGAAUCCACAAUGGGCAUCUUGUACAGGAGUGAGCUGGUAACUUUCAUCAAGAGGUUGAGGGAUCCUUUGGUUCUAACAGCAUUAAUCUCCCUCUUUGUGAAGUUACAUAACAUUGUUCGGGAUGACAUAGUGAAUGAUGUGACUGCUGAACAUACAUCAAUUUGGCCAACAUCUGUACCAAAUUUGCAGGCUGUGGAUGUUGAGGCUGUUGCUGUCACAAUGAAGGAACUAGUCAACUACUCACUGAGCAUCAAUUCCAACAACCACUUCUGGUUAUUAACUCAAGCAGAUAUUUACUUUGCAACCAAUCAGUUCUCAGCAGCGAUGUACUUCUAUCUUCAAACUGGAGCUAUUUGUUCGGACUUUUUCAAUAAGGCAGUGCCUCCCGAAGUGUACACAGACAUGGUGCUGAAGAGAAUGAUAAGAUGCUGUUCACUGUUGAAUUGCCACACCCAAGUGGCAAUUCUGUGCCAGUUCCUCAGAGAGGUUGACUACAUGACUGCCUUUAAAGCUUUACAGGAGCAAAACAGUCACGAUGCAAUGGACUCCUACUAUGACUACAUCUGGGACAUCACUAUUUUGGAAUAUUUAACCCAUAUCCAUCACAAAAGGGGAGAAACUGACAAGAGGCAGAUCGCAAUCAAAGCAAUUGGACAGUCUGAGCUGAACUCCAGUAAUCCUGAAGAGGUUUUACAGCUAGCCGCUCAGAAAAGGAAAAAGAAAUUCCUGCAAGCCAUGGCCAAACUUUACUUUUAACACAUCACCACCAUGCGAGCCUGAACAUUCAGUUGUACUGUUCAAGAAACUUGCUAAAUUUGAUUUAUGUAUAUAUGAACAAUUACAGUAUGAGUGGACCAGCUGUUUAUAAUUUCUUAAUAGGAUUUGUAGCAAAUUCUGUUGGACUGACUGCAGCGUGUAUUUUGUUUCUUGAAACAAUAUUUUUGUGAUUCAUUAGAUAUCUGUAGUGUUUGCCUAUGGUGUGCAUCUGCAAAAUAGUACAUCUUCAAAUUUAAAGGGAAAAAAAUCACAGCACAGAAUUCCAUCAAACAUAUUUGGGGAUGUGUGAAGACAUCCAACUCUGAUAGGUUAUUAACAUUUUGAAUGUUCAUACUUUAAAGAGAAUGUUGCAAAAUAUUUUGUUGUAUUUUUAUUGUUGGAUAAUAAAUCAACUAACAGUA